AUGCUAUCUGCUCUUUUCAAAGACCCUCUCCGCUUUGACAAGCGUGAUCCGACACAGAAUAGGCGCCCAUAUCUUGACAGGCUCAUCACUACUGCAAGAGCCAAUCCCCUAACAGUACUGGCUGCGACCGAUGGCUCUGUUCUUUGGUCCAACCAGUAUCAGGCAGCUUUGGCAGCCAUCAUCUACAAGGGGCAUCACGAGCUUGAAAGGACUUGCUGUGUCUCUGGCAGAGUUACUGCCCCAGAUGCGGAACUCAAUGCCAUCUCAUGUGCAGUGCGCCUGGCUGUCAAGCAGGCAAACUGCCAACAUAUCAUGGUCUUUACUGACUCUAUGGGCUCAGCCCAUAGAGCGGUCGACCCUUCUUGGGACAUCCAUGGUGAGGCACACAAAUACAUCACUGAACUCAAAGUCAGGGUUGGGCAUCGCAAGAUGGACAAUUCUAUAGACGCGCUCCACUCCCAAGCUACACACUCAGUCCUGGACUCGUGGAGUUCCACUUUCCAGGAUCCAACCUACUGA